UCAAGAAGGGGGUUGGUUGUGCUUGGCUUUUGUGGUAACUUUGCACAAUACUGGACUUCUGCAGCAUCACCGACUUCCUCCCACUCUCCGAAGUCAUUUCCCAGGUGAAACUGUUUCCACGGGUAAUAGGUUCCUUUUUCAGCUGUUGAGCUCACUUCCUUCAGGACUCUCCCUUUCAUGUAACCAGGCAUCACUUCUAUCAGUUCACAGAAUCCAACUGCAUGCUGUGUGAGGAUCAAAUUCAGAGUUGUCACGGGACCUUCUCGGGGAAUUUUGGAACCCAACCCUCUGUGGAGAUUGAACAGAGUGAUCAUUCUACUACAAUACAAACUCUGAAAGGAUGGCCGAUAAAAGUGUGGUCCUCACUGUUUACAUCUUUUCCUUUGUGACUGGACUCCCAUCCAACCUCCUGGCUUUCUAUUCAUUCCUGAGGAAAGUGAGAGAGAAGCCGGUUCCCAUAGACAUCCUUCUGCUCAACUUGACCAUAUCCGACCUCUUUCUUCUGCUCAUUUUGCCUCUCAAGAUGGUGGAGGUUGCCUUAGACAACACUUGGAUUCUCCCUGAGUUUCUUUGCCCGCUGGCCAAUUUCAUCUUCUACAGCAGCAUCUACCUCAGCACCCUCUUCCUCAUGGGCGUCAGCGUGGAGCGCUAUCUCUGCAUUGCCCACCCUGUCAAGCACAAGUUAAACCGCAGGCCGACCUAUGCAAAAGUGGCCAGCCUCUUCAUCUGGUUUCUAGCCUGCUCCCACUGCUUAAGCAUUGUCUAUGGGGUCGAAUACUCUGACAGGACUGCAAAGAAGAGUGGCUCCAACAAAACAUGUUAUGACAACUUCACUGAGAAACAGCUAAGCAUCGUCCUCCCUUUCCGGCUAGAGCUCUGCAUUGUCCUCUUCUUCAUCCCUUUCAUCAUCACCCUUUUCUGCUACAUCAGUGUGAUCCGCAUCCUGACCUCCAUGCCCAACAUCAAACCCCAGAAGAAGCAACGGGCUGUGGCCUUAGCCUUGGCCACUGUCAUUAAUUUCUCCCUGGCUUUUGCUCCCUACAAUAUAUCCCACAUCAUAGGUUUUAUUGAAGGUGUGAAUCCUCCCUGGAGAGUGGAGACCUUUUUUCUCACUUCCCUCAACACCACCCUGGACCCUGUGAUCUUUUUCUUCUCUUCUGCCACUAUCCGCCGAAGCUUUACUGACUUCUGGCUCCGUAUCUGCUCAAGUAUUAGAUCUCCAUGUUGCCUGAUUUGUUGCAAGUCUCCAAAUCCAGAAGCGAAAGAUGAAGGAGCUGGCCAGGCAUCUGUUUCAAAUAUGCUGGCUGGGUCCAGCACACCGACUCCUUAUACAAGAUCUGGGAUAUCUGAGAAUUAAUCCCUUUGUGAUAAGUGUCAGAAACAAUGCAAGAUAUCUGGACUCCAAAGCAACAUUAAGGGCUUUGAGAUCUAUUUUGUGGUUUGUUAGUAGAACCCUGGGGCCCACUAUCCAGAGACAAAGAUAGUUAAAGGUAAAGGUUUCCUCUUGACAUUAAGUCUAGUUGGAUCCAACUCUGAAGGGUGAUGCUCAUCUCCAUUUCUAAGCCAAAGAGCCGGUGUUGUCUGUAGAUGCCUCCUCAAUCAUGUGGCCAGUAUGACUGCUCGGAGACAAAGAUACUCUCUUAAUACGAGGGUUGAAUGAAAAAUAAUACCUCCACCUUCGUAAUUCCUAAACAGAUGGCUAUUCUGGUAUGUGGCAGGUACUGACUUGUUCAGUAGACUCUCCUCUACAGUUCCAUUUGGUGAGAAGCCUACACAGACGGGGAAGCCUUAGCAUUGAAUGGUUGUGUUGUUAAAGUGCGAAGUAUGAAACCCUGCACAGACGGGGAAGCCUUAGCAUUGAACGGUUGUGUUGUUAAAGUGCGAAGUAUGAAACCCUACGCAGACGGGGAAGCCUUAGCAUUAAACGGUUGUGUUGUUAAAGUGCAAAGUAUGAAACUCUGCGCAGAUGGGGAAGCCUUAGCAUUGAACGGUUGUGUUGUUAAAGUGCGAAGUAGGGAACCCCAUGCAGACAGUCGGUCAAUGCGAAUUAAGCAACGUGCAGUCAUUGAAUUCUUGACAGCAGAAGGUGUCACCCCAAAGGAGAUUCAUCAGAGAAUGCAAGCUGUUUAUGGUUAUUGUGUUGAUGUGAGUACUGCACGUUGUUGGACGAGUAAGUUUAAAAAUGUUGAGGUGGGAACAUCUGACUUGCGUGACAAACAGUUGGACUGAGUUUCACAAGAAAAAGGUUGACGGAUUGAUUGAGGAUGAUCGUCGUAUCACUUAGAGAGAAAUUUCAAGUGUAAUCAGCAUUUCACAAGAACGUGUGGGUCACAUUAUUGCUUUGCUUGGCUAUCGGAAGAUCUGUGCACGAUGGGUACUGUGAGACGCUGGUUGCGGAAACAGAGUGUUGACUUCUGCCAUGAUGGUUUCAGAAAACUUGUUCAUCGGUGGCAGAAAUGUAUCCAAUUUUCUGGUGAUUAUGUGGAAAAGUGAAUAGUGGUAGCUAAAGAGCACAUCCUAAGGAUUAUUUCUGCAUUUGAUUUAUUAAAAUAUUCCCAUCCAAACUCAAGUAAUGAAGGUGGAGGCAUUACUAUUCAUUCAACCCUUUUCAGCUAGGCAUUUGUUUUCAGUGCCAAAACUGAGUGACACUCUCAGUUUUUCCUUACAAGGAUCUACUGCUUGAAAAUUUCUCUGAUAUAAUAAGAAUAUAGAGAUUUCUGGCUAUGACUGAUAUUUGUAAACUAUUGGAGCCCUUCUAAUUAUUGCAGGAUCUACCAGUACGUUUAACUAAUCUGCUUCCUGUUCAUCUCUGCUCAAGAGCACACCUGAAAGAAACUGUCAAACAAAUAUUCAAAUCCCAAACCUAUCAAAUGUACUUAUUUCUGUAUGUAAAUGCAACAUUUGAAAUCAUGCACUGAGACAUUCAGAUCUGCCUUUUGAAUGAGAAAUCUGGCUACUGUUGCCUUCAAUGACUGGUUGUUCUCUUGACUCUUUUUAUCGACAACAAACAGAAGAUUGUGUUUAUCGGGGGGUUUCUUCCUUUAAAGAACCCUUUCCACGUCAGACUGUUUGCCAAGGGUCUCUUACAAACUGGAAGAUCUUGUGGUGGUGUUAUGCUGUGAACACAAUAUUGAUUCAGAUGAAUUACUUGCCAGGUCUAACCUGUCUUCAACAAUGCGUCACAUAAACUGAGUGUACGUGCCAUAAAAUAACCCACAAUACCGAAUAUGUCUUGUUUUUAAAAGCUGUCUCUCCAUCUCUUCCUAUAUCUUUCAAGAAAUAUUGAAAAGUAAAAAUCCUUGAAAACAUUCCUAGCUGAUUUUUGCAAGCCAAGCUACUGUGUUACAUCAAUUUGUCUCGAGCCAGUUGGGCAAAUUAUCAUUUGGAGAGGUGUCUUGGUCUUUUUUGAGGAGUUUUGGAUCAGCCAUAACAUUUCUUAAACCAAUUCAACAUCUGAUUUUUAUUUCUUGUGGCCACACAGAGCACACAUAGACCUGUUAGCUCAAGAGAGUUGGAUCAAGCCAAAACACAAAUUCAGUUGGAAAAGAACAUCCAUGGGGCAGGGGAUAGAUGUCCAAGAAGCCCGGACGAUGACCUUGAUUUUAGUCUUUUUAACAGUAACGUGAAUUGUUAUAUGGUGUUAUAUAUAUUUUUAUUAUUUUCAUAAGCUAUUCCUCAUUUGUUUUGUAAAGAGAAGCUAUGUUUGUGAGUGUUUGGGGAACAACAGUAACUAAAGUGAGCCAUGAAGUCCAUAGGUGUUUUCAUGCCAGCUCUCUUAGCCCAACCUUCUUCACAGGGGUGGUGUAUGGUUACGAUAUGUGCCUGUAUGAGAUAAAGAACCAUACAUGUUCCUUUAAAUUCCUUGAAAUGUGAUAAAGACAUUAAUAAAUAAUUAAACCAAAAAAGUUGUCAAAAUGCCUAAGACUGCAUCAAACCAAUGGAGGGUCUCAGAAUAUGGAGAUCUCCUUUUUCAUCCGCUUGUAAGAGUUACAAGCUAAGAGUUACAAUUUCUGUAUCUUCUUGGCUUAGUACCAAAAGUCUCUUGUUGGUUUUGUAUAUGAGAUGGGUGCCUUGAAUAGUUACUGUCAUAAGUAAACGGGGGGGGGGGGGGGCUGUUUUUGACUAGCAAAGAACAUUUCACUGAGGCAAACCUUUGGUUAAAACUUUUAAGGCAGGAAGAUUUUGUGCAAUGGAUUUGUUGUGUUUGUAGCUUUUGAAUAUGUUUUAAAUGUAUUUUAGACUUAUUUAACUUUGUGUACAUAUAAUUGUUUAAUUGGCUUUUUAAUGCUUUUGUCCAAACUGGAGGGGUUUUUUUUAAGUUGCACUUUUUUCAAUUUGUUGAGCCAUGGACUGAAGAAAUGCAAGAUGGAAAAUUAUUUAUUAUAAAAACAAAUAAACAUCUAUAUAUAUAAAAGAGUGAUGGAAUCCUGGCGACCUCCAAAACAACAAAACUAAACACCCCACAACCUCAAAAAUUGACAACACAACCCAUCAUCCAUGCCUCUAGGUUGAUACAACAAAAAGAAAAGAAAAAUAAAGUCCUAAUUAGAGGGAGAGGAAUAAUUGUUUUUAUCCAAUUGCUGCCAGUUAGAAGGCUAAGCUCCGCCCACUUGGUCUCCUAGCAACCCAA